AUGGCUCAUUCGGUAAGUAAACGUAGCGUUUUGAAUAUAUGUUUACGAUAUUUUCAGAGUCAUAGUUUUAGAUUAAUUAAUAUGUUUAUGAUAUUUCUAGAUUAAUAUGUUGGAUCUGAUCAAAGCUUGUGAAGCUGAAAGUGAACUCGAUUUUCUUCAGGAGUCGUCGUUUAUGCUCACUGAUGAGCAGAAGGAAGCUGUCCUUCAACAGCGCAUUAUAUUUUGGACGAACGCGAUGGCCGAAGAUAUUAAACGGGAGAAUCCGGUUGGAGUUGUUAAUGGCUUCAUGGAUAAUUGGACCGAGGAUCAGCGUCGCCUGUUCAACGAAGACUGGGCUAAUGAUGAUGGUUUGUGCGAGGAACUCGAACAGUUACCUGAACCGCCAGAAAACCAAAAGGGUGAAGGGAGCAAGCGAAAGCACGCCAGUGAUGACGUCCCCUUAAAACGCCAAAGACCGGAGGAGUAUUUCAAUAUUAAAUCGGUAAAACAAGUCAACGUUAGGAAAUUCAGGACGACAGGUACACAAACUGUUUUUAUAUUUUUAAGCGUGUAUUUUUAAACGUAACAUCAGUUACGUGCCGGAUAGAGUUUAUUACGUGCGAGCAAGGUUUCGUUGCUAUCGGAGUGGGGCAAAUUUUGUAGGUAUCGAAAGGCUGUGAAGACUUUUAUUCUCAGAGACCCCAACAAACAUGCCAAUUCUAAUAAGCAUUUGCUACUAGCCAUUGCUCUGUAACGGCAGAAGAAGAUGUAGUGACCAGCGAAUCCGGUAUAGUGUAAGCAGGGUCUUAUAAGAGUUGUGUUUAUUGCUUGUAUGUAUAUCUAUAACUGCCCGUACAAACCUAUCCAACGCAUAAGCUUUUUAUAAAUGGUCAUAACUCUCAAAUGAAGCCUUAGUAUUUGCAGGGCUUAUGAUUAGAAUUGUAGCUAAAGUAUAGCACUAUUCGAUAAAUAGCGAGCUUAAGACCUGCGACUUGCUUGUGAAAGAAAGAAAUUUUAUAUGCAAGACAAAAACUGUCAUUAAUUCGUGAUCUCAGGGAUAUUUUCAAAGGCAUUGUCGUGCUAAACAAAACGUUAAACUAAGCAUUGUCACGUUUUUCAUACGACGUGAACGCUUAUUGCGAUCCAAGAGCCGUCUUAAAGUCGAAAUUACAGCAAAUAUUGCAUCGCUUUAGUCGAACUUAGCAGUUUUUAAGGUUAUUUGAAAAAUCUUCAAACUUUUAUUACAAUGAUGUAAUUGCUUAGGGCUCAUUCUUGAACUAAAAUUCAGACCGCGUCGUUGAGCUAGCGGGUCAUAGAUCUUAUGCUCUCUAUUAGUGUUGUUUGUACCACCCAUGACCUCCCGUUUUUGAGGUAUCCGAAUUAUUCUAUAUUACUGGGUAAUCAUGUUACAAUAAUCUAUAUGAUGAUUAUUGUAUGCUCAAGUGAUGAUAGCUAAUAAAGGACAUUUGAUGCUAUUCAUCUUGUGUCUUUCUGAUUGCUAUUACUUGAUUAGUACAAUAGUGUAUUACGGUUUUUAGGUACAGACUACACUGUUCAAUUCAAUCCGUUGGACGUGCACGGGGUGUCGAACGUCAUGUCGACGUUGAACCGCGCAUUUCAGCACUUAUUUGACCGACUCACGAGUGACAUGGCUCCUCACGAUCAAGUUCGCUUGAUCCUGAACUCAGAUCAGCUGGACAAAUCCAUUUCCUUGCCUUUCCUACAACGCGAUCCCAGAACGAUCCCAGAUCCCAGAUCUAACGAUCCCAGAUCUAACCCCAGAACGUUUCCUGGCAGCUGUUGA